CUUGGUGACUACCAUACUGCUGGAAUUCCAUGAUUCACCCUUCAGCGGCCAUUCCGGGGUGGAGCGCACUCUUCGCCGGGUUCGAGCUCAGUUCUACUGGCCAUAGAUGGGGAAGGAUGUGAGAAGUUAUGUGGAUUCCUGUGACACUUGCCAGAGGGUCAAGGCUUCACAACUUCGUCCGGCGGGGUUGCUACAGCCAUUACCGAUUCCGGAACAGGUCUGGGAGGAUAUCAGCAUGGACUUCAUUGUUGGUCUCCCACCGUUAGGAGGAAAGACCGUCUUGUUCGUAGUAGUCGACAGGCUCACCAAAUAUGCUCACUUCAUGGCUUUAGCGCACCCGUACACGGCAAAGGCGGUGGCAGAGCAGUUUGUGCUGGGCGUGGUGAGACACCACGGGUUCCAGAGGUCGAUAGUAAAUGAUCGGGACUCCGUUUUUCUGAGUCGCUUCUGGCAGGAGGUAUUUUCCAUGGCUAGGACCACAUUGCGGAUGAGGUCCGCUUAUCAUCCUCAGACGGACGGUCAAACUGAGGUGAUUAAUCGACACUUGGAGCAGUACCUUCGUUGCUUUGCACAUCAACAUCCGAAGAACUGGUUGGCCAUGGUUCUGUGGGCAGUUAUGGUAUAAUACCACCUAUCACCGAGCCAUCAAGAUGCCCCCAUUCGAGGCUAUGUACGGGCGCCCCCUCCUUCAUUGCUGCAUUACUGGAGCGGCACUAGUGCAGUGGAUGCGGUGGAUCGGUGAUUGGGAGCGCGUGAUGAAGCCUUGAAGCAGCUCAAGGCCAAUCUAGCAGCAGCUAAUAACAAAAUGAAGCAGUUGGCGGUAGGGGUGGGCAUUCGGUCGGUUCGGUUUCGACCGAACCAAAAUUAUGAAUACCGGGUCCCCGAAUUCUCUCAAACCUCAAACCAAAUUCGAACCGAAUUAUAAUUCGGUUUGGUUCGAUUUUUCACCCAAAACCAAAUUUGUGAAGCUACUUGUAUUUUCUCACUUUUAAAUUAUUUUUCACCCCUAAUAUAAACAAUAAAUAUCAAUUAUAUGCAUCAUCAAUGAUAAAAUCAAACUUUUCAACACAUAAGUCAUAAAACAUUUCAAAUAUUUAAGUCUAAAAACAACUACAAACAUAAAAAUCCACCAUUUGGAGCUUGCAAUUAUAGUAUUUCGGUUUUUCGGUCGGAAAUUCGGUUCGGUUGAAAGAACCCUGAUUUCCGAACUAUCCAUAUUUUCCUUCCGAAUUCCGAACCGAAUAGCAUUAAUUCGGUUUUGGUUCGGUUUAAUUCAGUUCAGUUCGGUUUUAUCGAACCGUUUGCCCACCCCUAGUUGGCGGACGCGGGAAGACGGGAGGAAGAGUUCGAGGUGGGAGAUUGGGUGUUGCUUUGCUUACACCCCUACCGCCAGGCUUCAGUCUUCCGGCGGGCCUAUCAGAAGCUGGCUGCGAAGUUCUUUGGGCCGUAUGAGGUGUUGGAGAAGGUUAAUUCGGUGGCGUACAGGUUGCAGAUUCCUGCAGGUGCUCGCAUUCACCCCACUUUUCAUGUGUCAUUACUGAAGAAGUAUAGGGGAACGGCGAACCAGGUGGAGACUACGGCCCAUCCUGUCACUACAGACGGAGACUUGGAGUUGAAGCCGUUGAGGGUGCUUGAGAUGAGGUGGACGAGAAGGGGGGGGUCGCAUUGUGGAGGAGAGCCUAGUAGAGUGGCAGCAUGUGGAGCCAGAAGACUCGACAUGGGAAGAGACUUCCCUGCUGAAGCAGCAAGGUCGAUUCUGAAGGGAGAGGGGAUGAUAGAAAUCUGCCCGCGGGUUAGGGAGGCCGGCCUAUUGGCCCGGGUUGUUGUUUAUUUCGAUACCCAUAUAUAAGAGUUCAGAACAGUAUUUUUGAGAUUAAGCAAUAAGAAAGAAUCAACUCCCUAAUCUUCUCUCCUCACAAUUCUUCCCCAAUUCUUCUAAAUCCCUAAUUCCCUUUCUUCUUCAAUUCCCAACUCUCUUUUCUCAACUACAGGUUUCUAUCAUCUGGUAUCAGAGCCCGGUUCUGAUAAUAGCAAGAAUUAAACCUAAAACCUAAGACUCCUCUCUCUCUCCCCCCAAUUCCCUCUGCCGACCUCCCUCUCUCUUUCCCCAAGGCUGCCGAGCAGCCAACUUCUUCUUCCUCCCCUCAACUGUUGCGCCAGCAGCACCCUUUUCCCCUCCCUCCCUUCAAUUCCAAUUCCCAAUUUCCACUUCCCUUUACCCAAAUCAACCAUAAUCACCACCUUGGUGAUUCCAUUCCUCUCACCAAUCCCUUAAUCCGAUAGAACCUAAUUUUAGGUUUCUAUCAAAAAGGCCAUACUUUUUGGGGCGGGCAAUGAUGGGCUUAUGAAUCGAGAGAAAGAUCAAAAGAAGGAAGGCCAGAAGGAUACGAAUCGACCCAUGUAAGGACCAACUAGCCAUCAUGUGGUUAGGAUGAAACCCAUGCACAUUAUAGGCUUCUGCUGCUUGCUUAGGAAGUGCUUCGGUUAGCGAUUGAUUUGUUCUAUUCAUUGACUGUAGCUGGUACCAUUAGCUCGUUAGGAUUUGAUCGUUUUGAAAAAUACAGGAAAUCUUCUCUC